AUGACGUUUGUUUAUGGAGACCCUGUUUUAGAACGUAGGGAACAAGUAUGGGAACGUCUUACGCGUUUCUCAACGACACGAAAUGGACCUUGGUUCAUGAUAGGUGAUUUUAACGAAAUAACGGAUCACAGCGAGAAAGAGGGAGGGAGAAAGCGAUCUGAUAGCUCUUUCUUACCUUUCAAGCAGAUGUUAAGCCACUGUGGAAUGCUGGAAUUUCCAUUUACUGGGAAUAAGCUUUCAUGGGUGGGGAAAAGAUCAAAAGGAGUAACUGUUAGAUGCAGAUUGGAUAGAGCAGUGGGUAAUGAGGAUUGGCAUGAAAAGUUCCCUCACACCGCGACGAAGUACCUUAGGCUGUGGGGAUCGGAUCAUCGUCCGAUCCUUGCGGAUAUUCUCACAAAGCCAGUCAGGAAAAAGAAAAAAUUUAAAUUUGAUAAGCGGUGGCUGGAUAAUGAGGAACUAAGGAAUGUCAUUUUGGAAGGUUGGAAGUCAGAGGAUUUGCCUCCAGAUGCGAAUAUAAUGGAGCAUAUUGCUAGCUGUAGGAAAGCACUGAGUCAAUGGAGGAGGCAAAACAAUGUGAAUUCGGCAAAGCAAGUCGAGGAGCUAAAGGAGAAGGUGGAGGGACUGUAUUUGGAUGAUGAAGCUACUACAGAGGAAAUAUCUGAAGCUCUGAAGGAACUAUCUGCUGCUCUUAAGGCAGAAGAGAUGUUUUGGAGACAGAAAAGUAGGGUUCUUUGGUUAAGGGAGGGCGAUCGGAAUUCAAAAUGUUUUCAUGCGUUGGUGAAGCAAAGAAGAGCAAGGAAUAGGAUAACGCAACUCCUGGAUGAGAAUGGAAAUAUAGUGGAGGAUGAGGAGGGGCUAGUAGCCAUUGCUACUAGUUAUUUUAGGCAAAUAUUUGAAUCCUCUGACCCAGAGGAUAUAGCUGAGGCACUAUCAGAGGUUCCAACAACGAUCACAGGAUCAAUAAAUGCAGACCUUACAGCCCCUGUAACUGAAUGGGAGGUAAAAUUAGCAUUAUUCGCUAUGCAUCCGGAAAAAGCCCCAGGACCAGAUGGAAUGACAGCUCUCUUUUAUCAAAAGUUCUGGGAUAUUGUCAAAGAUGACUUAACUCGUAUGGUUAAUCAAUUCCUUUUUGACGGAACAAUGGCACAUGGCCUUAAUGAUACGAAUAUUUGUUUAAUCCCUAAGACGACAAAGCCGAAUGAGAUGACAAAAUUUAGACCUAUUAGUCUAUGUAAUGUCAGCUACAAGAUAAUAUCUAAGGUCUUAUGCCAAAGAUUGAAGAAGGUUCUCCCACAGAGAAUAUCAGAGACCCAGUCAGCCUUUGUUGCGGGUAGACAGAUCACGGAUAAUAUCAUGAUAGCUCAGGAGAUGUUCCAUGCUUUGAGAACUAAGCCGGGAGGAAGGGUUAAACGGAUGGCUAUAAAGACUGAUAUGAGUAAAGCAUAUGAUAGGAUGGAAUGGUCAUUCAUUGAAGCAGUCAUCCGAAAGAUGGGCUUUUCCGAGAUGUGGAUUGACUGGAUUAUGCGUUGCAUUACUUCGGUCAAGGUCCCAGCGAAUGUUAGACAUCAGAUAAAGGACACUCUUGGUAUACAAAAUGAAGGUGGGAUGGGCUCAUAUCUAGGAAUCCCAGAGGAUAUUAGUGGUUCAAAGUGCAAAUUAUUUGCCUUCCUCAAGGAGAAGCUCCUACAUAGAGUGAAUGGCUGGACUGGUAGAUGGUUAUCUAAGGGUGGGAAGGAGGUUUUGAUUAAAUCGAUAUUACUAGCUCUCCCGACCUAUGUCAUAUCCAGUUUCCUACUUCCUUUGGAGAUAUGUGAGAACCUAGCAAGUGCCAUUGCACAGUUCUGGUGGAGCUCGAAUCCUCCGAAAAGAGGAGUUCACUGGGCAAAAUGGGAAAAGAUGUGUGCGCCUAGAGAAGAGGGAGGAAUUGGUUUCCGUAUGAUCCAUGAAUUUAAUCUAGCUCUUCUAGCUAAGCAGCUAUGGCGGCUUGUGCAAUUUCCGGAUUCACUAGUAGCGAGAGUUCUCCGAGGAAGAUAUUACCGUCUCAGUUCGCCGUUGCGAAUGUGCACUGUAGAUACUCCAUCUUAUGACGAUCCUUGGAUCCCUACGAUGCCAGCUAGGCCGGCGAGUGCCCGAGCUCCAGCAGUGAAUCCUAAGAUGCUUGUAAGCAGCCUUAUUAAUUCUGUCACCAAAGAGUGGGACACUCGAUUACUGGAGCAAUAUGUAGCUCAAGAAGACAUCCCGAUGAUUCAGAGUUUGGCCAUUAGUCCUACUCAUCGACGUGAUACAUUUUGCUGGAGUUACACAAAGACUGGAAAAUAUAUUGUCAAAUCGGGAUAUUGGGUUGCGACAAACUUGAUGAAAGAUGAAGAGGAGUUAGAAGUUCUACAGCCGAGCAUCAUAAAACUUCAAGCCUUCGCUUGGAAGGUGAACGUGCCACAAAAGAUCUGCCAUCUUAUAUGGCAACUAAUAUCUGGACAGAUAGCCGUAACAAGAAAUCUGGUACGACGCAACAUGAGAUGUGAUAAUUACUGCCCAAGAUGUGGAGCGCCAGACGAGACCGUUACUCAUGCUAUCUUUGAGUGUCCACCGGCCUUACAAGUAUGGGAGUUAUCACAAACACCAUCGAGCUCUGGAAUCUUUCCUGUAUCGAGUAUUUACGCUAAUAUGGACUUCCUUUUUUGGAGGAAGAAUGAUAUUCUGGAACCAGAAGAGGACAGAGACCCUUAUCCUUGGAUAAUUUGGUUUAUCUGGAAAGCUAGGAAUGAUAAGUUGUUUAGAGGCAUAAACAGAGAUCCAUUGGAGCUAGUCAGGUAUGCAGAGAGUGAGUGCCAAGCUUGGUACAAUGCAAGAGACUCGGUGCCGGUUCUGCCAAAUGUACAGACUAUUGAAGAACCACAAGUCUUAAGCUUGGGAUGGGUCUGGAAGGAUGCAAUCGAUAAGAUACAACUCAUGGGGUCAAGGAACUUACGGAGGAGGGAGACAUCGUUACACUCGGAACUGGAAGCUUUAAAGUGGGCAAUGGAGAGCAUGAUACAACACUCGACUUGUCAAGAGUUUGGGACGGACUGCAAGGAUCUGAUAGCAAUGAUGGAACAACCACAAGAUUGGCCCAACUUCUCAACUGAGCUGAAAAACAUUCAAACUCUCCGGUUGUGUUUUUCAGACUUCAAAAUUACCUAUAUUCCGAGGACGCAGAAUGAGAUUGCGGAUGCGCUUGCUAGAAAUGCACGUUCUUUUCAUAGAUCAUUAUGUUUUAUUGGUUGUUCUAUUCCGGCCUGGCUUCCCAGACCACCUCAAGUUUGA